GGCUUCUCACCUGCCGCGACGUCAGCACGUUAGAAACGCGAUCGCUGAUUGAACGAGAAGCGGCCCGUGUUCCCGUCGUCCUUUGCGCCUCGCCGAGAUCUGGGCCGCUCUCGCGGGAUCUCGCCCUCUUCCUAGGCCGUCACUGAGAGAGGACGGUGAGUAGACCUGAUCCUCCGGUUGUUUUCUGUUUGACUUGUUUAACGAUUCCUCCGGUCAAUCCGUGAAAUGGCACAAGGGAUCGGUAGCACAAAGCCUCCCCUUGCCGAGGGAACCCACAUCUCGGUAUAGGGGGCUCCCUGUGCGGAGGAUGGAGGCAGAUUGUGUGUAGCGGCCGGCGAGUGAUGGAGGCUGUAGGGGGGAAAUUCUCAGUUCUGGGAGAUUGAGGCCUGGGCUAAACACGUGUGAUUGACUUUCUGGCUCCGUGUGUUUAGAACUCCACAUAUAAUGGCUUUAUUAUACUUUAUAGACCAGCAUGUAGUUCUUAUGGUGAGUGAGUUUAUUUUUUUUAUGUAGGCCUAUGUCCUAUCUAAUGUGUUUAAUGCAUGUUCAUAUAACCCUAUUGAUCCAUACUGUGUGCAUGUAUGUUCAACAAUGUAAUUUAUUUACUUGCUAUAGGAAUAAAACUGACAAAGCAAAUUUGAGAAUGAUACUAAGUUUUGAAUUACUUGAUCAAUGGAAUAUUAUUUAAAUAUUGCACUGUUAAGGCAGUUUUUUAAUUUAUUGGUUUUACUAUCAUAUCUUGCAGAUCCAACUAAACCUAUUUCGUACCCCUACUUGUACCCUUUGUGUCACUAUACCCCACUCCCACUAGCAUGUAAGCUCAUUGAGCAGGGCCCUCCACCUCUCUGUUCCUGUACAUCCAAUUGUCUGGUUAAAAUGACGUGUCUGUUAGUCCACCCAAUGUACAGCGCUAUGGAAUGUGAUUGCGCUAUAUAAAUAAUAAAAUAAUAACUAAACCCACAUAGACCCCUCCCACCCCCCAAAAUUGUGUAGAACUGGAAACAAACCAACGUGGGUAUCCUGUGAGGUUGCUCUCAUGGGCUCUGCCCAGGUGGCGUAUGGGAGCGUAGUGUCUUCGGGCGCUGUGACGUAUAUUCCCCUUCCACAACGUUGGAGAGCAAUGCGUGUCCCCGGGCCCUAUGGUCUGGUGUGGACAGCGUCCUGUAUAUUCCUACAACUUUCCAGUGCCUUUGGGUAGUGACUGGGGAGUAAAACCAUGCAGGAUACAGAAAAUUAAAAUACACAUAGCCCCAAUAUUUAAUGGUUUCAGUGUAUAUACAGUAGUCCUUUAACAAUUCAGCAUAGUCUACCUCUGAUCUUUUGAGUGGAGUUUUAUUCCUUGCAGCUUUUUGUAGUUAAGUUGUUGCAUAGGAUGCACCUACAUUUGUUUAUAAUGCUGUAUUGCUUAUCUCUUCUGUUUUCAGAAAGGCCAUGUUCAGUACAAGCGCCAAAAUCGUGAAGCCUAAUGGCGAAAAGCCUGACGAGUUUGAGUCGGGCAUCUCCCAGGUGAGUAAAAAAGCUUAAUGUGGUUUUAAAGAUACAUUAGAGUUCUGAUUACAAAAUACCACUUCAUAGCCUGUUCAUGGUGCAUUCAGUUGCCAUUUUGAUUAUAUUUGCAAUAAUGGCAAAAGCUUGAAAAUUUAAUUUGUCACCUUUGAAAGAUGAGCCUGUCACCAACCAAAACUGUGACAGGCCAGAUUCAAGCUGGUAUUAAAUGUGCUAUUCUUCCAAGUUAUUUGUGGAAGUGGAUGUAUGCAUGUCCAUCGACUGCCAAUUACAGUAAUUACAUUGGUUAUACUCUUGGGCCUGGGCAUAGUGGGAUGGCACACUUAGGAUUGUGGAUGUAAACCUAUAUUUCAGCAUGGAUAAGUUAAAAGCUGAAUCUGGCAAUGCAUUUUUUUCUGGACAUUUUCCCAGCACUAUUUAAGUAUAUUAAUCACUAUAUAUCCUUUAUUUCAAUGUAUUAUCACGGUCAGGUUUGCAUUCAAGAUAUGUCUACCUUAUCUAUAAACUGUCAUGGAGAUGUAGUGUAAUUAUUCAAACUACUCCUUUCAACGCAUUUGUAGAUACAUUUCUUGAAAACAUUUUAUGUCGUUAGAAAAAGAAUGCAAGCAUUGCAUAAUCUUUUCUUCUUUCCCUUAACGUCCUGUGCAAUGUAUUUAAAUCUCUGCAUCUUAUCUAACCUUAAAGUAAAUCUAGAAAAUGUAUACUACUGAAAGAGCAUUUGAUCUUCCAAUCCCACUUCUUUAACUUGGAACUAUAAACAAAAACCAACAUGGACAUCCCGUGAGGUUGCUCUCAUGGGCUCUGUCCAGGUGGCGUAUGGGAGCGUAGUGUCUUCGGGCGCUGUGACGUACAUUCCCCUUCCACAAUGUUGGAGAGCAUGCAUGUCCCCGGUCUCUUUGGUCUGGUGUGGACAGCGUCCUGUAUAUUCCUACAACUUCCUAGAGCCCUCGGGCAGUGACUGGGGAGACAAACCAUGCAGGAUACAUCAUAUUCUAAGUGCUAUUUUGUCAGUCUAGGUUAUAUAAUUUAUUUUCUUUGUAGUGCUUUUCAUGCCUGCACAACUUACAUAUUUUAUUUUCUUAUUCCUAAAUUUUACAUUUUAUUGUAGGCUCUCUUGGAGUUGGAGAUGAACUCUGACCUUAAAGCUCAAUUAAGGGAACUAAACAUUACAGCAGCAAAGGUAAGCUGUAAAAGAGUACAUGACUACAUAUGAUUAUGUACACAAAUCUGUACUUUGUGGAAUCACUUAAGAUGUGUAAUACAAGCACUGCAUGCAAAGUCACCCUGCUUAAAUACUUGCAGUAGUGGGUACAUGCUAGCAGUUGUGUGAAGUGUUUGAUGCUGUCAAGGCAGCCUCUUUGGAUGUUACGUACGUUUUAACUGCUGGCAAAGGAGAGGUAGGAAGUAGAGGAACUUCUCAACUAUGCAUUUGCUUUCCCACUGGACAGAAUGCAAUUUUCUAUGUGUCGCUUAAACUGUUGAAAUUGUAACGUUGUUCUGUAAGCUUCCUGAUAUUUAACAUUGUAGGAGGACUCAUAAGGACAAGAUGUUUAAAACUUAAGUACCUGUAUUCUUGAACAACGUGGGUAUCUCAUGAGGUUGCUCUCAUGAGCUCUAUCCUGGUGGCGUAUGGGAGCGUAGCAUCUUAGGGUGCAGUAACGUAUAUUCCCCUUCCACAACGUUGGAGAACAUGCAUGUCCCCGGGCCCUAUGGACUGGUGCGGACAGCGUCCUGUAUAUUCCUACAACUUCCUAGAGCCUUCGGGCAGUGACUGGGGAGACAAACCAUGCAGGAUACAUCUCAUUGUUGCUAUGAUUUUACAGGAGUAAAUGGUAAGCUUUAGUGUUCUUGCAUUGGACAGUAAUAUUUAUCAUGUUACACCGAGGGGAGUGACUGCAAAAAAUAGUUUGGCCCCUAUCCGUUCCAUUUAUAUUUUGUGGUUCCACUUUUUUUAUUUGUCUUGAGAAAGCUGUUAUUUUUCCAAACAGGAAAUUGAAGUUGGUGGUGGAAGAAAAGCCAUUAUCAUCUUUGUUCCAGUGCCUCAGCUGAAAUCUUUUCAGAAGAUUCAAGUGAGGCUGGUGCGUGAGCUGGAAAAGAAGUUCAGUGGCAAACACGUGGUCUUCAUUGCUCAGGUUGGUUGAACAAAGUGUUUGCAACAAACUGCUCUUGUCAAGUAACGGUGUCGUAAGCAAAAAAUAAAAAUGAGGUUAAAGUUAUUUUUUAUUUGAUCAAUGGGGCAUUCCACUGAUUGGAGGUCUCUGGCAACUGUUUAUUGCCUAUUUAAACAAGGCAUUCUUAUCCAUUCUUUCUGAUUUACAUACAAUCACUAGGAAAACAGUCCUGUUAUCUAGAUAAGUUUGUCGUUUUAGAAUGGCAUUGCAGGUUUAAUGAAUACACUCCCAUCCAAUAACCUUUCAUUUAGUGAAUCGGUGCCACAGCUGACACUCUUAGCCUAUUAGUUUCCAUCCUUUGCAAGUAGUGGUACAGAGACAGAAGGCACAGUUGUUGGGCGCUCAGACAAAUGGUGUUGCCUUUGAAGAGACUCUGUAGGCACCCAGACAUCUUCCAUCUCAAUAUAGUAUUCAGAACACUAUGGUGUUUUUAAACAUUUUUACACCUGAAAGUAAGAUGGCUCACCGCUACUCCAUCCCCAAUAUCCGAUUGAGACUUUAAGCAAUGAUUAAUUUAGUCGCCUGGAGUGUCCCUUUAAUUGUGCAGGGGUAAUGGCCCGGAGGCUGGUUGGAUUUGUUCUGUUUAUGAACUGCAGCAUCAGUCCUAUUUAAGUGUGCAUUCUGUGAACUACUUGACAUCUGCCAGACCAGGUUAUCCACUAAACUAAGAAUUGUUGGAAUUUCAAAUGUAAGGCCAACAUAGUAAAACUGGAAAUGUUAAUUUUGUCUUAAAUGUAAAACUCGGUUUGAAUUCCAGGAAGUUCACUUUAGUGAAUAACCCUAUACAUAUUUAGGAAUUUUGUUGGCUUAUGCACUAAAUGGUGAAUUGAACAAUUCAUGGUAAAAUCGCUAGCCUGUGAAAAACACGUAAAAACAGUUGCAAAAUUAUGGAAAAGUUAUUUAACUUGUUCUUUAGUGAAUACAUUGUAUUUAGUUCUAGGCAACUUUUUUAUGUGCAUUUUAAUUUCAGAUAACUAUUUUAUGCAAAUCCAAUUAUAAUUGUAUUAACCCAACGUGGGCAUCCCGUGAGGUUGCUCUCAUGGGCCCUGCCCUGGUGGCGUAUGGGAGCAUAGCAUUUUACCGUGCAAUAAUGUAUAUUCCCCUUCCACAACGUUGGAGAGCAAUGCGUGUCCCCGGGCCCUAUGGUCUGGUGUAGACAGCGUCCUGUAUAUUCCUACAACUUCCUAGAGCCUUCGGGCAGUGACUGGGGAGACAAACCAUGCAGGAUACAUUAUGCAUACUGACUAAAUCUUAAACAUUAAAGGCUACCAUUGACAGUCCAGUCUGCCACCUAUUGGCUUUCUUUAGUGCUUACAUGGAUCAUUAACCUGGAAGUCUCUUUGCUAGUUACAAAUGCUGGUCUGUUAAAAUACAUGUUACAGAAACUGUUGUAAAAUAAAAGAUAUAAGGCCCUAUGGCAUUCCAUGUUUAUCUUUGCAACUUUUGUACUCUUCAUUGUUUAACAUCUAUUUCAUCAAACACCGUAGCUACUAAAUCUUGUUGUAGUGUUUAUAGUACAGGUAGGAUAUAGGUACAGUAUCAUUUCUCAUCCCCCUUGAGAUAAUGUAUUGCAGAAUUGUCACAUUCCUGUUUAUACACCAUAAAUAUUGGUACUGAAAAGCAAAUUUAGGCUUCACUGAAUCCUCUUACUGCACCUUGAAACUCCAGCCACCAAUAUAACAAAUACAUUUGAGGUUUUUGUUUCAUUAAUAUGCUGUAUUGCACUAAUAUGCUGUUUUAGCAUAAAAUGGAAAAUAAUGCAGCACCAUAAGCAUGUCUCUUUGCAAUGCUUGCAGCUCAGCCACUAAAACUAUUGCAUGACGUGAACUACAAAGCAACCUACGUUAGAGGACACCAAGGGAGACAUGGUAAGCAUACCACUAGUUUCUCUGAGUGUUUGCAGACCGGUUGUGAAUUAAAAACAAAACGCUCACUAAGUUGGUGUUGGUGCUGAGACAGUGUGCGUACAUUUGAUAAGAAAGUGUUUUUUUGACAUGAGGUGGCAAGGCAAAGGAGGCAGGCUUAUUGUGCAGCUUUUAAAAAAUAUAUAUAUAUAUAUAUAUAUAUAUAUAUAUAUAUAUAUAUAUAUAUAUAUAUAUAUAUAUAUAUACACACACACAUUAUACACACACUCUCUCUUGCUCUCUCCUUUCCCCUCCCGCCCUGGGCGUCACCAAUGACUACAGUACACAUCAGCUAAUACAUAUAGUAAAAACCAAAGGCUAAAAGUUACCUGCGCGUGUGUAUAUAUUUAUAUUUUAAUCUUUUUAUUGUGUGCAAAAAUUAUAAUUUUAGGCAUGCUCAAAAUAUAGCAUAUUAAUGAAGCCAAAAUCUAUCAAAUGCAUUAAAGUUGUACUAGUGCCUGGAGUGUCCCUUUAAACUACAGUAUAUAGGGAGCCAGAGCUGUUGAAUUCAUUCAUUCUUGGAGUUUCAUUCUAAUGUAUUUGUAGUACAAAUGAUAGAAAGAAGACCUCACCAUCACUUCAAAUUGGAUAUUUAAAUCCCAUUACUGCUUCAAAAGAAACAAGCUCCCCUCCCCCAGUAAAAAAAUAUUCAGGUGUGAAAUAUUCUCAUUUUUCUGACAGAGAAGGAUUCUGCCCAAGCCAACCAGAAAAAGCCGCACGAAAAACAAGCAGAAGCGCCCCAGAAGGUGAGGAAAUCUCUUUACCCAUCUGCAAAUCAAACUGGAUAAUGGCUUGUUGGGAUGUGUGGACAUUUGCGUUUUUUUUUUUUUUAAAGGAUGUUAAAUUGUGCAUGCAUUGCUGCCCUCGACGUUUAUCCUCAUCCCAUUCUUCAAACCACUCUAGCAGUUGUUUUUAAAAUAUAGUGAUCCAGCAAAUAUGGCAUGGAGAUACCUGUCAGUUAAAGUAUUCAUCUGUACAUUUAUGCAAGCGUUAGUGGACAUAUGGCAGUUGUCAUGGUUAUGUACUAUCAAACCAUUCUCGUGCAGCAUUAGGCUUUGUGAAAUACCACACUAAAUAUUUGGGAGUUUAUGGAUGCUGGAUACACAAAGUACAGCCUUAGAUGGCCCCUUCAAGUACACAUGUAUAAUCUGGAAAUUCUGGAGUGGUUUGAUACAAGCUGAGCGUCCUACUGAUGGUUAGCAUGCUAGUUUCUGUAGACACACAUUAUUUGUAAUUGUGACUGUUUCUUAACCAAUGUGGGUAUCCCAUGAGGUUGCUCUCAUGGGCUCUGCCCAGGUGGCGUAUGGGAGCGUAGUGUCUUCGGGCGCUGUGACGUAUAUUCCCCUUCCACAACGUUGGAGAGCAUGCAUGUCCCCGGGCCCUUGGUCUGGUGUGGACAGCGUCCUGUAUAUUCCUACAACUUUCCAGUGCCUUUGGGCAGUGACUGGGGAGACAAACCAUGCAGGAUACAUUAUGCGUACUAACUAAAUCUUAAACAUUUAAAGACUACCAUUGACAUUCCAAGCUGCCACCUAUUGGCUUUCUUAGUGUUCAUAUGCAUCAUUAACCUGUACUUAUCUUUGCUAGGUAAAGAAUACAGGUCUGUUAAAAUACAUGUUAGUGAUUAUUGUUCUAAAAUUAUGGACACGGGGUAGGGGGAGUGGAAAAACGACACAAGGAAAUAUAUAAUUCACAAAAAUCUAAAGAAAUCAUGUCAGCAGUCUCCAAAAUCAUGGUCUAAAAGAACAAACAAUACAAGCUUAGCUACUAGAGACUCUAAACUCUAAAAGGAGAAAGGAAACUAAAGCAGUUAGACGAGCCUCUAAACCAGGCGAAACGCGCGUCGGGUUGUGAUAUUGUUCCGACCUUUCUCCCUGGCACUUCAUGUGUGCAUCCCCCCGCACAAGACCUGUGGAAAGUAGUUUUCCCUUGAUGAUAUUCGCUCUGAGGUUUGGACGAUAGACCUUUUAAUAACCUAGUGAUCAUUUGGGGGACUCCUUGAGAGCUGGCUGACUAUGAGCCUAUCUUGAGUGCAUGAGAAGUAAAAUACCGAUCAGGGUAAUUCACAUAGCUUAGCGAUCGGUUGCUACAUCUUAUAUUUUGUAGCAAUUCUAGAGCCUCUCACUUUCUCUAUAUUGACUCUCUUUGAACUUUACUAUUAUUAGUGUCCACGAAGACACUAUUCUCAUUCCCUCUAUCCUAUCUGCUUCUAUUAGGCGCUCUCUUUAUAUACGGCUCAAUCUCUGUUUAGCAGUACGAUUUAGCCAGACUCUGUCUACAUCGGACCGGUUUUCCAGGUCUGCUGUUUUCAGUGUGUACUGAUUUAACACUGUCUUCCGUUAAGACUUUUAUUUGAAACGACGUGUCACAAUUUGUUACUAUAUGCAUUGGUUCUAUCACUGACUAAUUUGUGAUAUACAUCUAACAGGCAGACUCAGCUUUCUUACUUAGUAGUACAAUUUCACUAGACUCUGUCUGCAUCGGACUAGUUUCUAGGUCCUUUGCUCCUAGUGUAUAUUGUUCUAAUACCGCCAUCCGGUAAGAUUCUCAUUCGAAAUGAUGUGCUACUAUCUUUCACUGUAUACAUUGUUUCGAUCAAUGACAAACUUGUGAAACAUAUCUAACAGGUUCAUUCAGCUAUUCUUUUUGCACAUCAGAGCCAGUUUGGCUUACACUUGAUUAUAUUUUAGAUUGUUUUGACCUCAACGGACAUUUACACCGUACCCUAUAUUUACCUAGUCGGUGAUCUUUUCUGCUUUAGUUUCCUUUCUCCCUUUAGAGUUUAGAGUCUCUAGUAGCUAAGCUUGUAUGUUUGUUCUUUUAUACCAUGAUUUUGGAGACUGCUGACAUGAGCUUUACUCCAAAUCAUUUCUUUAUAUUUUUGUGAAAUAUAUAUAUUUCCUUGUGUCGUAUUUCCACUCCCCAUACCCCGUGUCCAUAUGUUCCUGCACAUAUAUUUCUGUCUGAGUUAGACAGUUACACUUAAUCUAUUCAUUGUGUCUUUCCUUUUUGAAAUAAAGUAUCCUCGUGAUUUUUAUCAAAUUAAUAGUAUAGGGACAGAUUCCUUUCUCUCCUCCUUUUUUUUUUUUUUUUUUGUAUCUUAUUACCUUAGGGUUACCCCCUUAUCUGCUCCCUGGAUUUUUGUAUAAUCUCUCAGGCCAUCCCCUCUUUUGUUCUAAAAUUAAAGACAUAAGGCCAUAUGACAUUCCAUGUUUUUUACAUCUUUUGCAAAAGCCAAACCAGAAACUGCACUCUAACAUAAACACAGACCAGGGGCCAGUGCUGAGCCCCUAAAUAUAGUUUGUGGAAAGAACUGUCCAGGCACUCAAAGGUUAUGAAUAGGCAAAGUUAUUGAACCCAAAUGUCCAGCAACGUUUCGACCUAAAGUCUUUUUCGAGCUAGGAAAAGCUUGAAAAAUACGUUCUUGGGGCCUGCUGCAAGAGGGAAUUAUUGAAAAAAAGUAUAGUAGUGAGUAAGCACCUGUAAAACAGUGUGUGUGUAUAUAUGUGUGUAUAUAUGUGUGUGUGUGUGUGUGUGUAUAUAUAUAUAUAUAUAUAUAUAUAUAUAUAUAUAUAUAUAUAUAUAUAUAUAUAUAUAUAUAUAUAUAUAUAUAUAUAUAUAUAUAUAUUCACAAUAUCUGUCAGUGUGUCUCUGUAGGAGAUGUAAUCCAUGCACUAGUAUUAGAUUUUUUCAUUUUAAUCUUAAUGACUGGCCCAUACAGCAUCUCAUCACAUAUAAAUUGCACUGCCUCUUGUCUGUUUUGUCUAUAUGGUGAAAUGCCAUGUUGCUAGGCUUGCUUGAAGAAAACACUAGUUUACAUUCUGAUAGGAAAGGAAAACCUUAAUGGAACAUGCCAAGUACUAUAACCACUACAGCCCAUUGUCAUGAUGGAUAUGGCUGCAUACCUUAGCUUGUGGUUUGGAGUCAGGUAGCAGGCUGGGAAUAUUGGUGGCUGUGCACUUAUUAGAGCGCAUGCCAGACUGCAAGGGAAUUCUGUGGCAGGGAUCAAAUUCACAAAGAAAUCUGCCUCUGGUGUCAGGCGAUUAGAAAAUUCACACCUUUUGAGGUCAUGAAGCAUUUAUAAUUCAGGUGUUCAGUUGUGUAUUCUCAUCUGCCAACACAUAUGCAUGAUGUUGGAUUGCAGUACAAAUACACCCUCCAACUUGAACAUCCUUUCCUGUGCCCUUUUUUCCACUCUCAGGAAAAGGUAAAUUCUUUGCUGCAGUUCUAGUCAAUGAAUAUACUUACCAGAGGGCUAAAAGUCCUAAAUUCUGCCUUUCUUCCUGUGUAGAAAAAAAUCCAGUAGUUCUUCUCUGCCAUUAAUUAGUUCCCUUGAUAUCUAAAUGCCAUUGCUUUUGUUUACAAUUAAAAUGUGCUUAUUGUAUGUUUUCAGAUCAAACUUUCAAAGUGUUAAAAGUGCAGCAGUCAGCUGUAAAUUAGAUUGGUUCCAUAUUUCUUACCCUAUUCAUUUUGUGGGUUUAUUUAAUAAAUGUCUCCUGUCUCAUGUCUAGUGCUUAUUUACAAAAAAGACGAAUAUCACCCUUUCUUACUUUAGUCGCACCUUGACUGCUGUACAUGAUGCCAUCUUAGAAGAUCUGGUGUUCCCAAGUGAAAUUGUGGGCAAGAGAAUCCGUGUAAAAUUGGACGGCAGCCGGCUUAUCAAGGUCCAUUUGGACAAAGCACAACAGAAUAAUGUUGAACACAAGGUAGUAGUUUAAAUUCAUUGUUUCUACUUGAGAAUUCUACAAAUUGGUAAUGUUCUGAAACCAUGAAUAGUUUUAUAGUAAGACCAUGCUUCUCUUGCAUACCAGUUAACGUUUUGAAUUCCGUUGAGUGAUUUGUCUUGUGAUUAACCAACGUGGGCAUCCCGUGAGGUUGCUCUCAUGGGCUCUGUCCAGGUGGCGUAUGGGAGUGUAGUACCUUUGCGUGCUGUGACAUAUAUUCCCCUUCCACAACGUUGGAGAGUAUGUGUGUCCCCGGUCCUUUGGUCUGGUGUGGACAGCUUCCUGUAUAUUCCUACAACUUCCUAGAGCCCUCGGGCAGUGACUGGGGAGACAAACCAUGCAGGAUACAAUACUAUGUUGUUUCAUAUAAUUCAAUGUAUUCUCUAAACCCUAAAAAGUUAUCAUAGUUUCUAUAAAUAUUUCUCUUAAAUAAGAGGUGCGUUUUAAAACAUUGACAAAUGUGUCAUAUUUUUAUUUUUUUAUGAAGACUUAUACUAGCUUGAAAAAUAAGGUUUAUCGCUCAUUUUCCUUCAGUUUUACAAGAUUGAGGCCUCCAAAUUAAUCUGUGGGUUCUGAUUUUCCUCCUUCAGGUUGAAACAUUUUCUGGUGUCUACAAGAAACUCACAGGCAAAGAUGUGGUUUUUGAAUUCCCAGAGUUCCAGCUGUAAAGUGCGAAAUGAUAUAAUAAAAAAUAUUCCUUGUUACAUUUGUGUGGUUUGUUUAAUUUUUUUUGUUCUAAUCCUCAUGG